AUGAGCGAUAGCAAGGAAACUAGAGCUCAAUUCUUAGAUACAGAUAAGGACGAGAGUAAGGUGAGUGGGAAAGCUAGUCAGACUCUCCGUAGUGCUUUGAAGAAGCAGGAGAAGGAGAAACAAAAACGAGGACAAGGGAAGGAUGGCGGCGAUGUAGAUAGUGGAAAAAAAGAUGAUGACGAAAAAAUUGUUGACUCGUCACCAUUGUUGAAUAGUACACCACCAACCGUUUCCAAGGCUCUAGUAAAGCUUUACCCUUAUCUGAUUCUUUGUAAUGAGAUUUUGAGUUUAGUCACUUGGACUGGUGACGAUGUUUGGAAAAGUGUUUUGAUGGUGAUAUGCUAUAUAACAACGGUACUAUACUUCCAAGUUGUGGUAAGAUAUUUUGGACACUUCUUGUUUGUAGGACUUUUGUGGGGUUACUCAGCGCUUGACAACUUUGUGGAGGAUACUAUUAAGGAGAAACCAACAUUGGAUGAUAUUGUGCAUGUUAUUACGUGUGUAUACACCAAGGCAGAUUUGCUACUUUCCCCAUUGUCUGUUUGGACCACCAAUGAUAUUAAAAGACUCUUGCUAACAAUGGCUUUCUUAUCGCCCAUAUACGUGAUAGUAUCGAUCUUUAUUUUUUCAUCACAAAAAUUGGUAUUAAUAUUAGGGAUAUACCUACUGACAUACCACUCUUCAUGGUCCCGGGUUACAAGAAGAUUAUUAUGGAAGCUAAAAAUAGUUAGACUACUGGUAUUUUACAUUACUGGGUUGGAUUUGAGCGGUGUUAACAAACAUCAAGGUGGAAUCUUUGCUGCAGUUCAUAAGAAAGUGAAAAAACUGUCAUCGAACUCUCUUAGUGCAGCUGACGCAGAUGAUGGGAAACCUAUUAGGUUCACAUAUGUUUUAUAUGAAAAUCAGAGACGUUGGCUAGGUAUUGGUUGGACGGCGAAUAUGUUGACUUACGAGAGAAGCUCCUGGACAGAUGAAUUUUUGAACGAAGCCCCCUCACCUGAGCAAUUCAAACUUCCAGAAGAAGCGAGUGGAAUGGCUUGGAGGUGGGUGGAUAAGACUUGGAGGCUUGAUAUGACAAACGAUGGUGCCAUUCAGCUAUCGAGUUCGAGACCAAAAACUACAGCCUCCCCUGGCAAAGAUGAUGGAUUUAUUUAUUAUGACAAUACAUGGAAGAAGCCUUCCACUGAGGACUCUUAUUCAAAAUAUACUAGGCGUCGUAGAUGGAUAAGAACAGCAGAAUUGAUAAGAACAGAUAGUUUAUCUACAGUGGAGUCAUCCACAGAUUCUGUUGAUGGUGGUUCAGCACAACAAACAUCCGGAAGCGAAAGAAGGAAAAGUGUUAGAAUAGAAGAGCCCGAUAAUGGCUCAACAGGUUCGAUUAGCAACCAAUCUAAUAAUUCAAGAAAAGUAUCAUUUAGCGAGACAAGUGACGUACGGAUCAUACCCGAUAGCUCUUUCGAGGGGACCGGAGAUGCAGAUGAUGAGAAUAAUUCUGAAGUCAUAGAAAACAGUGCUAAUGAAAACUUCCAACGUAUUGAAACACCUAGCGGCUUAAAAACGAGGACCGCUCAGACACAACCGUCUACCGACAAACAGGUGGAUCAAGAUGAAUCCUCCUCUACAACAACUAAAGUCUAA